AUGUCUGAGAGUGGCCAUUUUCAGAUGAGUUCUCCGAGUGAUACGCCCGGUUCCCAGCCCUCGGCGACCAAGCCUGAGGUUAUUCCCACGCCAGGGCAAGACGACCUACAGGCUCUUCUAGAGGCACACGGACUUGAAUAUACCCCUGAUGGCGAGCACAACGACCGUGAGCACGGCAGGAAUAUCAUGCAGAGCGCAGCCGCUGAUCAUGCACGACAUGAGUUUGGCAUCAGUCCUAUCCUGGCUGUCUUUCUAUUUGUCUCAGUAUAUCUCCUAGGUCAGGGGAUCGGGGGGAUCAUAUUCCCGCCUUAUUCGGAGUCAUUUGGCCGCAAGAAGCUGUACAUUGUCAGCACCGGGUUGUACAGUGUUUUCUGCGUUAUAGUUGGGGUUGUCCCCUCUAUAUCUGGAGCGAUAGUGGGCCGAUUCUUCUCAGGGUUCUUAUCGGCCAUCCCGACUAUUGUAGUGGCGGGGAGCAUUGAAGAUAUGUUCAACUCCAAGGAUCGCAUAUGGUUGAUCUUCAUGUGGGUAAUGGUAGCUAACAUGGGACUAACCCUUGGGCCCAUCAUGAGCAUCUAUAUUAUUGCUCGUUUGGAUUGGAGAUGGGUCUUUUAUGUGUCGGCUAUCUUCACUGCCGUUAUCACCCUUCUGCUUUUUGGAAUUCGCGAAUCUAGGCCAUCACUUCUGCUUGCCCGAGAGGUGGCCAAAUUGCGAAAAGCAACGGGUAUUAGCACUCUCAAGGCUUUGAAUCCUGAUCACACACCAGACAUGAAUGCAUUCAUCCGGAUUGCCCUCUUCCGCCCUAUUAAGCUGUUCUGCACAGAGCCCAUUGUUUUCAUGGUGGCUAUGAUGACUGCUGUGGCAUUUGCACUCAUAUAUCUCUUCACAGAGGCUUUACCCCCAAUAUACGAGGACCUUGGGUUUUCCAGCACCACAUCGUCACUUCCAUUCCUUGCUAUUGGAAUUGGCCUGCUCUGCGGGUUGCUCACCCGCAUCUAUGAUCAUAGAACCGUCGUCAAGUACCAGAGAGAGGGAAAGACGCUACAGCCAGAACAUAAGCUUAUUGGAUUCUCAAUCGGCGCUCCAGUUCUGGCAGUGGGUAUGUGGUGGUUUGCUUGGACUAUUCCGCCGCGCGUUCUAGGAGUUCACUGGGCUGUAUCUGCCCUGUCCCUGGUGCUGGUCGGCUAUGCAUUAAAUGAAUUUGAUGCAGUCCUGUCCGGAUAUCUCGCCGACAGCUACUUGAGCUAUUCAGCGAGCGGGUUUGCUGCUGUUUCACUCGUACGUUCUAUCCUCUCUGCCGUUUUCCCACUAUUCGCCGGACGCAUGUACGAUGGAUUGGGGGCAAAUCUAGCCACGUCUGUUCUCGCGGCAUUGGCCACGGUAUUUUGCAUCAUUCCGCCCUUGUUCUCCCGGUAUGGACCGCGGAUCCGGGCACGCAGUAAGUUUGCACGGUAUAGUUUGCAGGUAUAUCGGGAGAAUGGAGUGGACAAGGACGGAUACUAG